CCUACACACACACUCACACACACUCACACACACACACAGGCAACGAAUGACGUAAGCUUCAUGCUGCGAAAAACCGUCAGGUUCUUAAGGACGUUUCGUAAAAUAGAAUAUAAAUCCACUUAAGUGAAAUUUGCUUUAAAUGUGUGGUUUUUUACGAAACAUGCCCUUCACGGCACUACUUCGGUAUUUGAGGGGCAAUACAUAUUCAUCCGCUUCUACAUGACUGUCAAGAGCACAGCAAUACCCGGAUGGACUGUCAUGGCCGCCGUCGCUGUGGUUCCAUAGAGAGGAGAGGAGGAAAGGAAAUGUUUCUGCUGUGUGUGUUUUCUACCCAAACAUCCUUUUUUAUGAUGUCGGACGUUGACGUGACGCCGCCCGAACUUCCAUCGAGUUCAUAGCACCGUGACCACACUACAAACCAUUUGUCCUCAGACACGACAUGCACCUACAUCUGAGUUUAUCCUAAAGGAGCACAGAUAUAUCUGCAGAUUUACAACUAUGGAAGAAGACCUCACAUUACCUCAUGAUUCUGUCAAAAACUGCAACAUAUCAGUAAAAGGGGAUGAAAAAGAAAAGGUAAAAGACUUUGUAUAUAAGCAUUUAAGAGAAGUGACAGAUGGCUCACUCUUCAAUAACGAAGAAUCUUCCAUUAAGGAACAUGGGAGUUCAGCCAAGAAAGAUAAACUCUCUUUCAAUAAAGCCCAUUGUAAAAUUCAGCAAGGGGCUGUUUUCUCUGGAAAGAUUCUGAGCUUUGGAUGCUCAGUGUGUAAAGACAAUUCCACAUAUAGCCCCAAUGACCUCCUCAAACAUUUUCGAGCAGCCCAUAAAGGAACCCUUCCUACAUACCCUUGUGACCUGUGUGGUUUUGUCACAAAUGAGUUUCCUGCUCUUCAACGCCAUCGGAUUGAGCACAGGAAUACUUUAGUUACAUGUGAGCUCUGCAAUGAUGACGUUCAGUACUCCCUGCUUUUGCUGACCAGACACUACAUCAUGUGUCACAGUCUAAAUGGACAGUUUAAUUGUGACUGGUGUGAAUUUACAACUGUGGAUGCAGGUACAUUUGUACAGCACAUCCAUCAUCAUAAUGAGAGUCACUGGAAAUGUUCAAAAUGCAAACAUAUCAGCUUGAACGAAGAGGAUAACCAGAAGCAUAUGAAAGCUCAUUUGGGUACAUUUCCCUUUACAUGUCAGAUAUGUGGAUAUGGUGCAGCAAGAAAUGAGUACCUUAAAAAACACAUGGCAGCUGUUCACAAAGAGGAGGCUGAGAGAAGGAAUGUACGGAAGGCCAUGGAAGACAGCGGCACUUCAUCAAAUUCAUCUGCAUCUGCAACAUUAAAACUUUUGCUAAAAAAGAGUUCUGAAGCACAGGAAGCUCAGAGGAUAACAAAACUGAACUGUCUUUCUGGGAGUUUACCAAACCAAAAUGGCAGGCUAAUCAAACCAGAGAUAUCCUUUGAGGAGGCCCAUCAUGUUGUGGAUGGGACUGCAGCAAAAAAAGACAAAAAUUGGAGCAAAGGCUCUCACAACACAGAGCAGCUGAUGCCAGUAAUGUUACAGGAAUGUGACAGCUCUCCAAGUUCUGAUGGUGCAAGUCAGACCAAUCCUAAUGGACUGACUGUUCUGAUGGUUAAGAACAAAAUCUCUCUACCCCCCAACUGUACUACCAAAGUGAUGGGAUUCAAAAUGGUUGAUGGCAAAAAACAUUUAGUUCUCAAAGUGAUACCAACAACAAAGCAAGACUCACCUGCUCAGAACCAUUACUCUGUUGAAGAUCUGGGCUCCUCAGCUCUUUCACCAAGAAGCGAAUCGUGCAUACAGGUGGAUGAAGAUGAUAUUAUGGCAGUAAAAGUGAAGACUGAGGAGGAAGAAACUUCUGUCUGUAACCUUGAUUCUAGCCCACAUAGCAAUGAUGUUGGGGGAGAAACUAAUCCAUUAGUUAACAGGGCUUCAACUUGUACAGAUACGUUAUGUCCCAUGGCAAAUGAGUUUGAUAAUUUGGGCGACCAAAUUCACCCAAGUCAAAUGACCUGCUCAGAGAGAGGCAAGUUUGAUAGUAACUCAGUCACUGCAACAUUUAAUUCUGAUGCAACAAGCCUAAGUGAUCCUAAAAUCAUAAAAACUUCAACAGUGUGUGCUGGUAAGGUGACUGGUUUAUCUUCACCUCCAAAAGUAGCUCAGGAAACAUUGCUUUCCAUACAAAUCUCAAAAAAGACUGUUGAAAAUUGUGGGGCUGCAGAUGAGUUAUCCAUGUUUGAUGGAGCAACAGAAAAACUCACUGAUGAACACAAAGUGAACUGCUCUUCUAAAACCCUAGGCAAUGAUGACCAGUCUUCUCAGAGUACACUAGAAAAGGACAGCCCCGAUGGGGUUAGAACUGAGCAUAACCAUGAAAAUGGCCACCAAAAGCCUUUGACAAAUCCAGUACCACCAUUAGAAUCAUCCCCACCCACUUCUGGCUCAAAAAUCUGCACUCAAAGUUCACCAAACCAAGAAGUAUUUACUUUUCACAAUUAUUCCAAGGAAACAUUCAGCACUUCACCUAACACGACACAUAACUUUGACCAUAUGUAUGAACAUUCACCAUACAAAGGAAGUAUUGGCGAAUCGUCACAGUUUAGCUUGACAUUAGCAGAGUCUCCAGAACCAUUCACAGAAAGUAACAAUGGAGAUGUGUUUACUCAAGAAAAGAAUCGAGAGGGCCUAAUGAAAAUGCCAGCUAUGUCAGAUCAUAUUGAGGUUAAUGAGUGCAUAACUGAUGAUCUUCCCACUGAGGAUGACAAUCCUGAGUCAGUGCUCAAAGACUUUAAUAUUAUCAAAAUUGAGGAAGAGAAUAUUCCAAUAUCCAAAAAGCAGUCAGAAGCAAAGAGUAGUUCAACUUCUUUGGGGAGUUUUGUCGAGGAACAUUCAGAUGCAAUCAUUACCCAACAACUGAACAAGGAAAGGGUUGGUUCUUCAAGCGCAAACAAUGAUUCUUUAAAACAAACAAAAACCACUCUGCGAAUUCUUCAAUUGCCAGAGGGUAAGCAGCCUGUGCUCCUCCGGACCACUGAGAAUCGAUUUGCCAUGCCAGUGCAGGUCAAGGCCACUCCAGGUUUCAAACUGAUAACCAACACUUCAAGUCCUCAGAUCAAUGUUUCUUACAUGAAGCCAGGGUUAGAAAGAUCAAGUAACCCUAGUAGUGUACCCUGUACUCCAAAAAGCAGGACAGGUGGCUCAACACCAAAGACAGGAGCUGCUGAAAAAGCGACAACACUCCUCUCUGCUGUUCAACCCGGUGUUGGCACCAGCUCAAAUCACUACCUUAUCAACCGCCCAGGUUUUAAGGGUCCUGUGCUCUUUUCAAGCACACCACAUAAUACGCCUACGGACAAAACAGCAAAGACCCAGCCAACGUGUUACUUAGUACAGAGGUCUGUUCCUUUUGUACAGACCCCCAGUACGCCUGGUCUCAGACUGGCAAGUACACAACUACCACUGAACUCACGUCCAGUUCUGGCCAUGCCUAUGAGCUCUGCAGACAAACCCAGCGCUCUGCAGACUGGUAGGCAGGCAUUUUUGCUGCGAUACAUUUCUCCACCCAAAUCAGGCCUACUAUUGAACAACCAAGAUGCAAAGGCUGGUACUCAGUGCAGCCAAACCAAUGACACUACUGGAAACAAGGUCAUAUUUAAAAUUGUCACUCCUUCCGGUAGCCUUCUUUCAAGUGGAGCUCCCACCUCCAGCAGUCAACCUUUGUUUUUGGCCACUAGACCUCAGACCCAGUGUUUUCUGGUGUCAUCAAACAAAACUAAUGCAAAUACCUCCAAUGGAGUAAAGAAAUUGAUCACUAUACAAAAUUCCACACAAAAAGAUGUCAAGGAGUCUUGUUUGUCACCCUCUCAGAUGAAUGUAAAGGUACCACCAUGUGAAGCUGAGAAACCUAGGCUAGGAUUGGCCCCAAGGCCAAUUCGGCCUCCAAGCCAAAGGAAAAGGCGCAGGAAACCAUUGUUUGAUGAGCUUCCAACGACAGUAAAUAAAGCUCGAAGACUCACAAAUAAAGUACUGACUGAGAAAGCGACUGCUGUGUUAUGGAAGCCUGUAGCCAAAGAAGUUGAAAGGACAUUAAGACUUGCCCCAUUCAGUUCUCUACAGCAGGUCAAAUGCCCUCGUAGAUAUCAACCUGUUGUGGUGCUCAAUCAUCCAGAUGCUGACAUUCCUGAGGUUGUCAAUAUCAUGAAAGUAGUUAACAGGUACAAUGGUGCUGUUACCAAGGUCUCUCUGUCUGAGAAAACAGUCCAAGCACUCUCUGAACUUGGUGCUCCAGGGAAGAAUUACUUGACCAAAGGUGCAUUGUCUCAUGGCGAUGAUCCAAGGCCUCGGCCAGUUCGGAGUUCUGUCCGAGAGCGAUUCCUUCUGAAACUGAAGUUGAGAAAAAAAAGCAAAAAAAAGUACGAAGUAGUGGAAACUACAUCAGAUUGUAGACAAGAACCUGUCGUGUUUGACUGCUGGUUUUGUGGUCGGCUCUUCAGGAACCAAGAAGAUUGGAUCGGUCACGGCCAGAGGCACCUCAUGGAGGCAACUAGAGAUUGGAAUAAACUGUUCUAGAGUUUUCCAUCAUCUAUAAAUGCGUUGAUUUCUGUCCUUUUUGAGGUGGAACAAAUGGUUGAAGUUGUAUAUUUUUCAAUGAUGUUCGCUAUACAUUUGUUCAAGUUCUGUUCCUGUAAAUACAUAUUCUAAAGUGAAUCAUAGUUUAUCUUUUCAAAGGUGCAUACAUUAUGUACUGAUUUAUAUAAUGCACACACAGGUCACAUUGAACUGUGAAAAUGGUACACUGAAAUUAGGAGUUGUUUUGAGGAGUAGCUUACAGAAAGGGGACAAAAUCAGCUACAGUUGUAUGCAGAGUUGGUUUAAAUUACUCAGGUGAUUUCAUAUAAAUCUGGUUUGUCAUUUUUUGUUAAUAAAUUUCAAAACAGCAUAGGCCUAGUUUAAGGGACUUUUGUAUAUUCUUUUAUUAUCCUGGACAUGAGGACAGGUAACUAUUUAUAUAGCCUAACUAAAAACUUGUAAACAAAUUUGAAUUGUUUUGCGCUUGCGUGAUGAAAACAUGUUCUGGUCCAAAUUAUUCCUUUUUGUAUGAUGUUUUAAUUGAAUGGGAAACCAUUUUACACUAUUCUAUUGUCCAGAUUAGUUUACAGUUUCCUUGUCAGGAUUUUGUCAACCUGUAGCAUGGAUUUGUCAUAACUAGAGGGGAGAUUUUUCACGGCAAUCUCUUUAGUCUGCCAAGACAGUUUUAUAAAAAUACUUUUGCAGAAAUCAUGUAUCAGUUAAACAGGGAUGCUGUCGUGACUGUUUGUCAUAACUUGAGAAAUAAAGAUCAUCCCAUUUUACACCCUAUGCAGUUUCAGUCCAAAAUCUUAUUUUAUUAUUGCUUCUGUUCAUGUUGUGAAUCAUCAUUUGAAUCAAAAUGUACUGAUAUAUCUGAAAGAUCCCACGAAUUUGCAUUCAUAUUGUAAUAAUUGUUGGGUUACAAUGUUUGUUCAUCCAAAAAAAAAAAGAAAUGAUGGUGCAAAGAAAUAAUUAGUAUGAAAAUCACAAUUUUGUUACAAGGCUCAACAAGAUUUACUAGUCACUUUCAAACCUUUUUUAAUGCUGAAGUAGGGAAAUGGCUACAUUCUUUAAAAUGCUGAUCAUUUCAGUUGUGAAGGUUAUGACUAAUUACACCCUGUAAGUCAUUAAAAAGUCAUAUCAACAAUAGCAGAACUACAGCUGGAGCCAACAAUUAUUUGCACAAAUUAACUUCUCGAUUACUGCAAAAUAAUUAAUGAUUGUGAGAUUAUAAUUAAAAAUGGCUGUCACUCCAAUACUCUGACAGGUUUAUUAUUAUUAUUAUUAUUAUUAUUAUUAUUAUUAUUAUUAUUAUUACAUAGUUCAAAUAAAAGCAGCAAAUAAUCACAAUUCAGAAGCUGUAAUGAGUAACAGUUUGACAUUUUUACUUGUGAAAUUCAAAUUAAUUCUUUCGAAUAUCUACUAAUAAAUUAUUCAACUAAUCCUUUCAGCACUAGGUUAAACAUAUUACUAACAUUUCAGGUAGAAGCAAGUAUUAAAAUUAAGACCGUGUAGCAAACAAGAAAUUUCCAAUUUUCUUUGACAUGCGACCACCAGGGAAACACUGAUACAGAUUUUUUACAUAAAAUGAUUACCCCCUUUAAGCCAUUGGUUGACUUUUGAUUUGACACAUUUUUGCAAAAAGUGUAAUUUUUUUUUAUUGACAGCAGUUUAACAGCAAGGUGGAAUCAAUUUAUAAAAAUUGAUGAAUGAAAUUAGUAUUUCUAUUUGGGAUGAUCAUUGGUGUGAUGGGUAUCGCAUGACAGUGCUGUGGAAAUGUACAUGGUGGUUGACUGGUCCAGAUCUAGAUAGCUUGCUUAUCCAGCAAGUCAGGCAAUAAUGUCAAGCCCUGUAUUACUACAUUAUGCAAACAGAUUAUCACUCCCAACUCAUCAAAUACAGCAGCUUAAUGACUUUCAGUGUCAAGCUAUGCCACUUUAUCUACCCCUUUUGUAUCAGUCUUGCAUGUGAAGGGCUCUUCAUCAGGUUAGCAACAGUGGGCACUAUGAAAAAUCUAGGUAGACUUUGAAAAUGUGGGCUCAACGGUCAAGUUAGCAAUAAAAUGUAAACCACAACAUCCAGUCAGUCUUAAAAGGCUUGCUGCCAGUUGUAAUAUUAUGACUACUGGAUUGACAGCAUUAAUGACGUACAGUUGAAGUUUAGAUAAAUAAAGGCGCAGAAAAAUACUUUGUUAGUUUUAGAAAAAGAUCAUGCUUUGAAAUAAAUACGUUCAGUCUUGUAACUUACUUCACCUUACUUAUGCAAGUGCGGCAUUUCAGUGUAUGACCCAUUCAAUCACAGUCUGACUUUUUAUUGUACCUCUUUAUAGUUCUGUGCUAGAAGUGAUGCUAUAUAAGUGCCCACAGCAUCAAACUUACAAGCCUUGGGCCACUGACCAGGUUGGUGUGUUUGACGUGUUCCAACAGAAUGGGCUGUCCAUGCUGUGCAAAAUUUAGACAAAUACAUUUAGACAAUUGGACCACUUCCACAGCACUUUGAAAUUGAAACAGUGUUUUUACCACUGUUACUGCUGUUAAUAUGGAUUAAAAUAAGGACAAAGUAGUUAUGAUGGCAAGGGGGUUGGCUGGAUCACAGAUCCCAAAUGUUUUAGUGGAAGUAAGAGAUGCGACAGUGGGAAAUCUUUAAACCAUAUAGGAAUAGAUUAAGGUAGAUAGAAAAAUGCACAUGAUUGUAUUUUCUACAUCAUUUACUACAGAACAAAGUGAACCCAGAGACCAAAUAAAAACACGGAAAGGCAUUUUCAUACCUUUUUAUUAACAUGUUGUUGAAAUCAAAUUUCUCUUUACUUUGAAGUGCUUUCAGAGGUGAUUUAAUAGUUACUGUGGUGUUUUGUUUUUCAUGCCCUGUAUACUUUUAAAAUGUUGUAGGAGCCCUGAACCCUCAACAUAACCAAUGUGCUUGGAUCCUGUAUUAACUUUCACCUUUAUAUCGCAUCAAUGUGGUACUAAUGUUGUAAAUCUGCUCACUGUCACUGAGUCCAAUAUGUUGUACAUAGAUUUGUUUUAGUGUUCCAUUUGACAUACUCUUUUAUUGGAAUGAAUGUUUUAAACCCUUCAAUAUGCAAAGGUAACUGAACAAUGCAAACCAUACCAAUGUUUUUAAAUGUUUGCUAAUUUUAUUCAAAAGCACAGUCCGAUUUUCCCCAGCAUUUGCUCAAUGUUCAUUUUAGUCAACUGCUCUGAUCAAUAACAGAGCAUUUUUUUUUUCCACAUUUAGGUUAAUUACCUGAAAUAAUUUCCUGUAAGAUGUAGCAUGACUAGUUGCAACAGUCCACGGUUAUAUGUGACUUCACAAUGCAUCCAAACACAUUUACUUUGUUCAUGGGCUGUUUUCACAAGCUGUUCUUGAAUGGCUUGAAUUGUUCAAUAUUUAGGGAAAUAGGCUAACACUGACUUCAAGAUUGAUAUGAUUUUCAUGUCUGCAAGUUGGAUACAGAGCUGGAGUUGGGCAUGUUUAGCUAAUUUUAGCAUAAUGACUGGAAGUAGAGGGAAACAGCUGGCCUAGCUCUUUCCGGUACUCAAAAUGCACCAACCACUACCUCUAAAUCUAACUUUUUUACAUGCUGUAUCUGAUUUGUUUAAUCUGUACACAGACAGGGAUGUAAUUGACAUUUGGAACUAUUUCUUGAACAGUUUUUCCCUCUGCACAGUUCUGUGCAGUGUCCCUGGCUAUAGAGGGGAUUGUCAGGUAAACUGAGGAAGCACAGGUUUUGGUAUAGCUCUCUGUACUGGCAAAUGUAUACCAAACCAUUCGAUCGAACAUAAAGACAAAACACAUGGGGCCUCAAUUAUAAAACAAACUUGAUCAGUUUUGAUGCUCAGUGUGAAAAAUCACAAGGCAGAUGCCUUCAGUUUUAGUUGAUUUAAGAUUAAUAGAUCACAGGAGCGCAAGUUACAAAUGGGAUUCUUAGAACCUGCCUAAGAAAAGUUCUUGUGCUGAGCAUCUUUUAUGAAUCAAACAAAAGCCUGAAAUUGUCUAUGAUCAAGUAUAAAUCUACUCAUUUAUACAUUUUUAUAAAUGAGGCCCCUGGAAGCUGCAGGACAGACACUGAUAAAAAUGUUUUUGCACACAACUCCCCCUAAAACCACGUAUUCUCAUUUU